GAAAAUCACGACCUGUAGGUCAAUGCAAACAAACGCGAAUGACCUCAAAUCUGCGAGAUGAUAUUCUUGCUGACAUCGUGAAUCUAUAUCUGACCGAAUGUUUCGGGCUUGCCUCAUUCGUCGUUAUGAUGUGGGACCAUCUCCUUACACUCUCUGACGAGGUGACGUUUAUCUGGCUUGGGCGCAAAGGACUGUAUAUAUAUCUUUAUUUUGUGAAUCGAUACUUCAUACCACUCAGCUUCAUUGUAAAUCUGUAUGCAUAUUUUGGUCGAAGUUGGACUCAAGAAAGCUGUAAUCAUUUUGUACGUUAUGAAGGCAGCAUGACCAUGAUCGGGGUCUAUAUCGCUGCAUUCCUCAUGCUUUUCCGAUUAGUCGCGCUGUAUCACGGAAAUAAAUAUGUUCAAGUGCCUGUAUUCGCAAUUCUGUUCGCGGCAAUCGCUGUCAAUGCAUGGCUUUUGUCUCGCGGUCAAGGAGUCUCACAAUCCUCAUCGUUGGUUCAUUCUUGCACCAUGAUUUUUGAUCCUUCUCUCGGCCCAGUCGCUGCUUGCGCUGCCAUUCUUCCACUUGUCUACGACACUGUCAUAUGUGUUUUGGUGAUUGCUCGUCUGGUGCAUUGGCGCGGGUCGCGGGAAACUGGGAAUCUUCAAUCCACUCUGAUGAAAGAGGGACUAUCAUAUUAUUUUUUUGGUUGCUCGGUCAUGCUCGCCUCGACAUUUACGAUCGUAUAUGCCGACCCUUCCGCUCGCAAUAUCGCCAUGCAGUGA